ACAAGGAAUGAAAAGAAAGAAAAAGAUGGCUACAAUGUAAGCGCUCACGCCAAAAAAAACUGGUUUUGGCUGGAGGAUGAUUACAGCCAUCAAUGGGUGGGACUUUCACAUCCAAAGGCGGGGUGACGUCGUCCACAUAAAUACUGGCAGUGAGUCGAGGCAUGACAUGACCCUGUAGGUGACUUCUCAUGAGUCGGGGAACGCAUUUCACUGCGCGCAGGGGUUUCCCUCAGAGCUGAACUGUGAGAAAAAUCCUGGAAAAUUAGAGAGAGAGAGAGAGAGAGAGAGGGAGAUAAUGUCAGUUUUGCGCCCCUGACUACGGAGAUCUGGGUGCGCUGACAUUAAAGGAAAUGCCUCAAGAUGAAAAGUCAAGUGUGAGGUGGAUUCUCUUAAAUGCGACGUGGGUAAAGCGCGAGAGAGUUGAUUUUGACCUCAGAUAAAGUGAACGUUCCCAAAAUCGCAUGAAUUUAAGAGGAGACGCGCAUCACGCCACCGGACAGUGGAGAGGAUAGAGAGGCGCACAGGAGCGCACAGACAUCAGCACUCUCUUCAUCAACAUGGACAGCUACAACUGGAGGUCAGUACCUGAGAAUGUCACCAUGUCCUCCUCCCAGUUCUACCCCAGCUUGGUCAACAUGAACGGCUACAACUGGACGUCAAUAUCUGAGAAUGUCAACAUGUCCUCCUCCCAGCCCUACCCCAGCUACGCUACCAACAAUGUACCAGAAGCGCCCGAGCCAAUGCCCUUCAGUGUGGUCACCGCGGUAAUUUACACCAUCGUCUUCAUCGUUGGCUUUCUGGGUAACACGUUGGUCAUCUACGUGGUGAUCCGCUAUGCCAAGAUGAAGACCGUAACAAAUAUGUACAUCCUCAAUUUAGCCCUGGCGGAUGAACUCUACAUCCUGGGUAUUCCCUUCCUUGGCACUAAUAGUGCACUUUCCUAUUGGCCAUAUGGGGAUUUCUUCUGCAAGGUGUGCAUGACUGCUGACGCCAUGAGCCAGUUCAGCUCCACCUUUUGCCUAACAGUGAUGACCAUUGACCGCUACUUAGCUGUGGUUUAUCCUAUUCGCAGUGCCAAAUGGCGGAAGCCACAGGUGGCCAAGGUUUUUAAUGGCAUGGUGUGGGUUGUGUCUUUUCUGAUUGUGCUGCCGGUCACCAUCUACUCAGAUGUACAAGAAGAGCUCAACACCUGCAACAUUAGCUGGCCUGAGCCACAUGAUUUGUGGUCUAUUGUCUUCAUCCUCUACACAUCUAUCCUGGGCUUCUUUGGUCCCCUCAUUGUCAUCAGUCUCUGCUACCUCCUCAUUGUCAUCAAGGUGAGGUCAGCAAGUGUGCGUGCAGGCCUGACCAAGCGGCGGAAGUCAGAGCGUAAGGUGACACGCAUGGUGGUGAUCAUCGUGUUGGUGUUCGUGCUUUGUUGGCUGCCCUUCUUCAUUACCAACAUCGUCAACCUGAUUUAUAUCAUCCCUGAGAGCAAAAUCACAGCUGCAAUCUACUUCUUCCUGGUCAUCCUCACCUAUGUCAACUCUUGCGCCAACCCAAUCCUCUAUGGCUUCCUCUCUGAGAACUUCAAGCAGAGCUUCCAGAAGGUGCUUUGUUUCCACAAACCAAAUGGUGCUGGGACUGCAGAGCAGAUGAUAAGUAGACAGACAGCACCCAAGUCUCUCCAGAUGGACGUUGUUGGGAACCCUGACAGAAAGCCGUUCACUGCAAAGACAGCUGUAAACAGCCAGUGAUCCCCAUGACCCACCAUGUACUAGUGCAUUAGCUACUACAUGGGACCUAGACAAUUUACCCCUGGACCUUUUAUCAGUUUGUAUGUCCUGUGUUUAUUGCUGAUCAUCCCUCUCUGAUUGGGACAUUUCUGGAGAGGACCAGAGGAGGAACAAUGGACAGAAACAGAGCGCAGCAUUUUUGUUCCUACUUUAUGUCUUUGUACUGUUAUCAGACUGCAUUGUACAAAGCAUUAGUCAAGGUAAUGAUCUCAGUACAAUACAAAAUAUAGUAAGGAAAGUUUUAAAUGCUGUAAAUUCUCAAAUAGCUCUAGAGAGAACCAGGCUUAUUGAUAAAAGGCAUACAGGCUUCCAGAGACAGGCAUUUUUGAUCUCUCGUGUCUUUUUAUAUUUGAUCAUAUUUUAGUAAGAAUCAUUGUUUUCGGAUUGUUUUUUGUUUUAUUUGCUUCUGUUGAUAGAAAUACACACAACACUUUCUAUAUGUUGCCUUGAUAAAUUCAUUAUAAUGCACAUUUCAUAGCACUAAGAGACAUCUGUGCAGGAAGUAUUGAGUUGACAGUAUGACUUGCAUUAAUCAGGGAGUGAGAACAAUAUUUCUGUUAAAACAAUUGUUUAAUAUUCUGGGAAACUGUAUAAUUAUCAUUCUGUCAGAGAAUUAUAUGAAAAGACUGACAGCACUUAUUGUGUCUGCUAAAUGUAUGUCUACAACCAGCAGGAGGUUAGCUUAGCUUAGCAUAAAAACUGCUCUGGCUUUGUCCAACAGUAACCUCUAAAGCUCACUAAUGUUUAUGUUUAUCAUGUUUAACUGAUAUUAAAAAAAACACUAACUACAAUAUGUCUGGUUCAUACCAGUUAUAAAAUGGAAAAAUGUUGUCUUUACACCUUUUGCACCGAUUAGCCAAAGAGAUAUGUGUGGACAUUAGUGAUCUCUGAAGGUGCUGGUAGGAGGAUUUUGGAUUGCAAUGGACAGUUAUCCUAGCUGUUUACCCAAAGUCCAGUCUUUGUGCUAAGCUAAGCUAACUGUGUGCUGGCAGUAGCCUUCUAAUUAAAGACAUAUGAAAAAUACAUUUUCCAAGAGUUCUAAUCAUAUGUCCCUGUGUUGAUUGAUCAUUUAUCUCUUGCCACAUGUUAAAAAUGUGUCUAAAAAUCAACAAAUAUUUUAUAGUGGCUAACUCCUGGGUAGCUAUCAGAGCAUCUCAUAACUGAAGCUAAAGAGGCUCUAAUCUCUGUUUCACCUUGACUUUAAGGGACAGACAUCAGAGUGGCAUCAAUCUUCUCAUCUAAGUCUCUGCUAGAAAGCCAGUGCAAUAAAGUGAUUGAAUUAAUCCUGUGAAAAUGUGCAUUUUAGUGAAUUUAUCAUAUAAGCCACGAUGUUGCAGGUAAUUUCACCCUGUUUGUUUUCCAGCUAUUAUUCAAACCUCAGCUCUUGUUCUUUCUUUAAUUUGAGAAUUUUCAGUAUUUCAUUUGAACAGGUAAACCAGAGUGAUAACUGUUCUGCUGGUUAUUGUAAAUCUGGCUGAAGUAUUUGACUAUUUUGUUUGACUUCUUAGUUUUGAUAGACUUUUUCUGACAUUUUGACUUUAACAAAGCUGUGAAAAUGCCUUGAAAGAGCACAGCUAAGUAUUGUCCUCUUGUGGAUUUGUCUCUUCUCUCUCUCAUUGCUAAAACAUCUUCUGUCAGAGUGGACUGAAAGAACAUAUCAUUUUCCAACCUCGGCAACAUACUGUACCUUAUCAUAUCCUUACUCACUGUUUAGCUGCUGGACUGUGAGCUUUCACAUUUGAUACAAACACCACUGGGAAGGUGCUGGACAACAGCAUCAUAGUUGUAACUUGAGCCAAGCAAAGACCAUGUUAACAAUGUUUAUGGUGAAGUUUUUGAAUAUUUAUUAUUUUUGAGUUUUGAGUUCUAUGACAUCCUUCCACACAAAACAAAAAUGCUCACACAGUACACUAUUAUGAAUAUUAAUAAACAAUCAGUCUGUUAGUGCAUGCUCACCUUGAAUUAAUCCAACACAGUACGAUGUGGAGCUGCUGACACAUGCCUGCAUGAAACAAAGCUCUUUUUAUGUGUAUAUUUAUCUCAUGAACAAACAGUUGAUGUUUAUUGUCGCUGUGAUUUAUUGAUAUUAUGGCAGGUUUAUGUUUCAGACUGAGGCACUUUAUCAUUAUUUCGAGUCAAAACAAGAGGUGGCAGCUUUACACCUGAAUCUUCAACAUAAACCAGUUUAGUUUCAUUUUUCAGAUUUUUGUAAAGUUAAGGAAGUAUUAUUGCAAAAUCAGGGGGAACAAGAAGAAGUAUGUCUUUUUUCCAAGUGCAGGUCAUUGGAACAAAUUUUGAUGUAUUGUGUGUUAUGGCUCUAGAACACAGGCUUGCACAGAAAUAAAACACAUAAAACAUCCGAAAAGCUUAUGUCAGCAAACUUUAGCGAGAUGGUUCAAAUUUUUCCUGUGAGCUUACUUUUUAUUAGACGUUGGUGGUUGGGUUUUGUUUCUGCAAUGCUUUCACUGUUACUUAAAUAAAUCUAACCAUUAAAAAAAAAAAACAAAGUGUGGAGUGUAAGCUGUUUGAAAGAUGGUAGGGAUGAAACAAUUAGUCAAUUAACGAUUAGUCGUUUGACAGAAAAUGAUUUGGGAACAAUUUUUUAAUAAAUAAGAAUCAUCUUCAGCCCCUUAAAUGUGAGGAUUUGCUGCUAUUUUCUCUCUUUUUUUAUGGAUGACUACAUACCAAUCCACAUCCAAGGCAAAUUGCUGGUUAUUUCUCUCAGCAAACAUUACCACUGUAAUAUUAAAUGUCUGUGGGUCAAGGAAACUGUAUAACCAUGGUGUUUAUUGCUGGUGGGUCAUACAUAUUUCAAUCCCUAACUGUGUUGUAAUGACCUUUUUCUCACCACAUGGAGAGCUUAAGAAGAUUCCGAUAUCAAAAAGCGAGCACCAAUUAAGCACCUGCAGUAAAUGUAACAUAUGCCUUGGGCCAAAUACACAUUUAUGGGGCAAAGAGUAUUCUGCACUAUGGGGUGCAGUCAGUAUAAAUUGGUAAUAGAACAGACUCCAUUGUCUAAUGGUUAUGAUACAGCCUACUAAUUAUAGCCCCUGUACCACAUCUUUAGUAACAUCUAUCAUUUUCUCCCCUGCAGGUUUUCCUCCUCUGCUGCUAGUCCAUUGUUUUUCCACUACUCUUUUAUGUCCUCCUUCAUCUCUACACUGUAUUUCUAUUACAAAUUCUGUGUUUUCUCUCUUAGCCCUUAUUGCAAGUGUGUUUACUGACAACCUGUUUUUGUGGCGAGGGGUGAGGGUAGAAACACACCAUAUGCCUACUGCAGCUUCUGGUUACCUUGGAUUCUGUGGUCACGCUGCUUUUGUUCCAUCGACCUCAAUGUCAAGUGAAAGAGCCACUAUUAUUAUUAAACAGAGAAAAGAGCACGUUA